AUGUCAGAUCCUCUCUCCAUCGCAGGCAGCAUCGCUGGUAUAGUCCAACUAUCCGCAUCCGUCUUCCAGCAAGUCUCCGAGUUCAUAAAAGAUGCCAAAGGGGCUGAAAAGACCGUCAAAGAUCUUGCUGACCAAACCAGAAAUCUGUCUGGGGUUUUGCAGAACCUUUCCCUCCUUGCGUCGUCACUCGAACAAGAGACCUCUAUUUCGGCAUUCAAGGCACAUCAUCUUCACGCUUGUCGGCAAACUCUACUCGCUGUCGAAAAACGUCUAGACAAGCCGUUGUCCGGAUUCACGAAGGAAGUAGACGGGAAGCAGUGUCAUCGAAGCACUGUUUCUCUGGCCCUGUCUACAGACACUCUAGAGAGUAUGCUGAAGUGUUUGGAAAAGCAAGACAGCAUCAUUGGAAGAAUCAGUUCAUUGAAGCAGAAAGUGGAGCGCCUAACUGCCAUUCAGACCAGGAUCGAGUAUGAUGAAAAGCGUCAAAAGAUAAUCGACUAUUUCAUGAAGGUCAAACCUCAGAACCACGAGGCUUUCGGCAUUCUUGAGGAAUACAACGCGGGGUUGAAAUCGGCAAGUGGUCUUAAUGCAGAACCUGAGCCAAAAGUUCUGCUUGAUUUGAUAUUGACCACCAUCUCGGUGUACGAAAAGGUCUUCAUUGUCUUGGACGGGCUUGACGAACGUGGAGACAACUUAGCGGAAGUAGCUGAAGCUAUCAAAUUCCUUUUCGAGGCAUCGUCAUCCGCCAGCAUUGCAGUGUUCAGCCAAGACGAGCCGGAAAUUCAAGACGAGUUCGCAGCUGAAUUCGCUCAUAUCGAGAUUGCGGCUCAUGCAGAAGACCUCGAUAUCUACAUCCGUGCCGAGAUGGCCCAUAGAAGACAACCGCACAAUCUCAGCAUCCAGAAUCCGCUAUUUGCCGAAGAGAUCCGGCAUUAG